AUGGCCGACUCCCCGCGCCGGAGGUACACAAGGCCCUCAAGGUCCCCUUCUCCUUAUAAGGGACGCCAAAAGCAAAUGUCAAGGUCAAGAUCACCUGUAGCCCAAUCCCAGUCUAGAUCUCCAUCGCCUGAUCCUAGAGCUCAGGCGAGGUCAAGAUCUCGAAGCCCUGCGAGGGAGCGGGAGCCUGAAGCCGUAAAUCAUGGAAAUACUCUGUACAUUACUGGACUUUCUUCUAGGGUGACUGACAAAGAACUUAGAGAGUACUUCAAUAAGGAAGGAAAGGUGGUUUCUUGUCAUGUUGUUCUUGAACCCCACACACGUGUUUCUCGUGGAUUUGCUUUCAUCACCAUGGACACUGUUGAAGAUGCUGAACGCUGCAUCAAGUAUCUCAACCAGUCAGAACUGCAAGGCCGGAACAUCACAGUUGAAAAGUCACGCAGAGGCCGCCCAAGGACGCCUACUCCUGGGAGCUAUCUGGGCCAUCGCUAUGAGCGCAGAGAGAUGCAGCGUGGAGGUAGAUUCCGCAGAGGAGGCUAUGGUCGUGACGACUACUAUGGCAACAGCUACCGCAGGUCUCCGCCUCCCAUGUACCGAGAAUACAGGGACACCCGGGACUACCCUCCCUACAGGGACACCCGCGACUACUCCCCACCCCACAGGGAUGCCCGAGACUACUAUGACGGCAGGGGUGGCCGGGGCUACUCCCCCCACAGGUCUCCCCCUCCUUAUGGUGGCAGGGCAAGGAGGGAGCGGUCUAGGUCGCUGCCCUACUCCCCGUACCGUAUGCCCGAAAGGGGCUAUGGCCGCCGUGCUGGUGGCGGUGGCUAUGACAGGUGA